AUGACCGAGCAAGUUUUCUACGCAGAUGACAUUUGCGCCCUCGCAGAUCACCCUUCCAGCAUCGGCACCGUAGACCGCACGCCCAGCGACGUAGAAACCCACGAGCCCGAUCCCCAGCAGGACUACGACAACGCCAUCGAACGCCACAGCGACGUCUCCCCCAUACUAUUCGCGUCGUUCCUGAGGUCGGGCAUACCGCCCGCAGGUACGGUGCUUGUGUCAUGGCAGACAGCGUUCAAGACGGAGCUCAUACCGGAGAGCAAGCUGGUGCUGCUUGAUCGGUCGCUGCUGGUGGGGGAUGUCGUUAAGCGGGAUAUUCGGAGUGCGAUGAGCGGGACGGUGAUAAAUGUGGAGAAGAGGUGUAAGCUCGCACAGCCGACCUCUCUCGUAUCCUUGGCAGAGUCCGCUCCCCUCUUGGAAGACGUCCCCUCAUCAGAGCUCAAGUCCACAUACGAGUACAACGAAGGAGCUUUAAUACUAUACGAUGGUUGGGUUGGGCGUAUCGACGAGACAUUCGACGAAGUCGCCGUCCUGCUUAGCGAUGGCAGCCUGGUCAUCAUCGAAGAUUCUGAAGAGCUUACUGCGAACGAUCCGCUCGUGGACCGGUUGAAUGUAGGCGACGUUGUGACAACGAAGAAGGGAGUCCUACGGCGAGGAAGAUGGAAAUUCGGGGCCUACCAACCGAACGUCGCACCGGUCGGUAUGGUGGUGCACGUCAGGACCACGAGCCUCUCGGUGCAUUGGCUACGCCGCGGCAUCUUCCCACAGGUGGAGCAGAGUAUGCCGGGCGCAUAUCCAGAUUUCGAUGAACCUCCCGAUACACUGGAUGUGGAUGUGCUAGAAAGUGAUAGACUUCACGUAUACGAUUUGGACAAAAGGCCAGCACAGGAAGCGGCCUCGAAUCUUUCGCAUCGACCAGGAUCACCUCAGACACGUACCAUAAGCUCUGCUCUGGUGGAUGUCGGCCACCGUGUCAGAUUCAAUGACCUAUCAGGCGCAUGUGUCAAGUACAACAUCACCCGCAUACCCCGAACACGGACUCGCGGUUACGACACCAAUGUUUUCAUAGUCGCGGAGACUAAAUCGGAGAUCACCGUAUUGUGGCAAGACCAAACGAUCACAAAAGGCCUUUCUACCUCAUUUGUACCGGACUCGAACGUCACAGACGAGGAUGAGGUGUGGCCAGGGGAGAUCGUAUGCAGCAAGGAACGAAAGGCCAGAAACCUGGGCGAGAGCGAUGUCUAUGAGCCUGCUAGAGUAGGCGUCGUACAGUCUGUCAAAUCAGCGGACCGCAUCGUUCAUCUGCGAUGGUUCCUCGGUGCUUCUGUGAGCUUCCACGGGGAUGAUCUGUUACCAGAUUCCCGCACAGGCACAGCACUCGGCCCAGUCGAGGAGGUCAGUCUGUACGACAUCUUCACCACUCCAGCCCUGAACAGGAGACGCGGCGAUUUUGUUACCAUCAGGCAAAGGACCAUGGAUCUUGACGAUCUCCUGCGGCAGAGGGGCGGUAUAACAUGGUUUGGUGAAGUCGUCGAUCUUGGCUUCGAUGGGCAGCUUGUAGUACGAUUAGGCGCACUCGAAGGCGAGCCGUUAGACGUCAGGAUUCCGCCUGAGUACGCGCAGUUGGCAUACAGCAGCGACAUGGACGAAGUAUUCCACGGUGAUCACUAUAGCGAAUCCUCGGAGCUCUUCGACGACGUCGAUGACGAAGAUAUGGACGAUGAUUCAGAUGGAAGCGAGGAGGUGGAGCCAACGUAUGAGUACGAAUAUCAGGGUUACGGCGGGGAACGGGUUGAUCAAGACACCGAUGACGAGGCUUGGUCUACUGAUGACAGCGAUGCCGAUAUGCCAGAUCUGGAAAGCGGCGUUGAUACAGCCAAUACAACACCACCAACGGGUGAGCGGACCACGCCGGACUCCAUACCGCCGGAGCCGGACGCGCCUCCUUCUAUCAAGACGAAUGCACCAGGAGCCAUUACAAUUGAGAACACCAGUGCGAAAACGAGCAAUCCAAGCUCGCCUGACAACGUGGUACUGGACUUCGCAGGCUUUCCCAACGCGCCCGCAUCCUUCCUUAUUCUCGACACCCCUCCCCCAUCGGACCACCAUUACCUCUCCGAACCGACUCCAUCGUCAUCGGCCAAUAACCAGGCACGCACCCGCCGUAUACGGAAAGAGCACAAAAUUCUCUCCACCUCCCUUCCGCCUGGGAUCUACGUCCGCACCUUCGAGUCCCGCCUCGACCUCCUCCGCAUCCUCAUUCUCGGCCCUCUCGACACACCCUACGCUCUCGCCCCUUUCCUUAUCGACAUGCAUCUGGGUCCCUCCUUCCCCUCCACCCCUCCCUCGGCCUACUUCCACAGCUGGACCCACGGCCAAGGACCCGUGAACCCGAACCUCUACGAAGACGGCAAAAUCUGCUUGUCGUUGCUCGGGACCUGGCAUGCAGACGAGAAAGGCGAAGCGUGGAGCGCCGGCAAGUCCACGGUCCUGCAGGUGCUGGUGUCGUUGCUGGGUCUAGUGCUGGUGCCGGAGCCCUACUUCAAUGAGGCUGGGUAUAGCUCUCGCCAGGGCACGGCGGAGAGCGUGGUCCCGAGCCGCUUGUACACGGAACGCGCGCUGUUUAGGACGAGGGGGUUUAUUGAGCAUGCGCUAAGGAAUCCGCCGCAGGGCUUUGGCGACGAGAUCAGGUGGCUGUAUGUUAAUGCGAAUGGGCCAAGGUUGCUGCAGAAGACGAUGCAGCAUGUGCGGCGCGUCAUUGCUGCGAGUGAGACUGCGGGGGAUGGUGGGGUUGCGGAUGGGCUGAGUAGGGUUAGUAAGGGCGCAAUUGUGAUGCUUAAGAGGCAGCUGGCGAUGCUUGAGGCUCUUUAG